GAGGCCAGGGGUUGGUGGGCGGGGCGGCGGGAGGAGGGCCCGCGCCGGGGGCGUGGCUGGGCACGUGAUACGGAACCGGCGCGGCAGAAGCUGAGGGGACCCUUCAAGUUCUGCGAUUUGUUUGAAAGAUGUCAGCCCUCACUACCCUGUUUAAGUAUGUUGACGAAAAUCAGGAUCGCUACGUUAAGAAACUCGCGGAAUGGGUGGCCAUCCAGAGCGUAUCUGCGUGGCCCGAGAAGAGAGGUGAAAUCAGGCGGAUGCUGGAACUUGCUGCUGCAGACAUCAAGCAGCUGGGCGGCUCCGUGGAACUGGUAGAUAUCGGCAAACAGAAGCUCCCUGACGGCUCCGAGAUACCACUUCCUCCUAUCUUACUGGGCAAGCUGGGCUCCGACCCCCAGAAGAAAACCGUGUGUAUUUAUGGACAUCUGGACGUGCAGCCGGCUGCCCUCGAGGAUGGCUGGGACAGCGAACCCUUCACCCUGGUGGAGCGCGAUGGCAAAUUGUACGGGAGAGGCGCAACCGAUGAUAAGGGGCCGGUGGCUGGCUGGCUGAAUGCCCUGGAAGCCUUCCAGAAAACAAAUCAGGAAAUCCCAGUCAACGUGCGAUUCUGCCUGGAAGGCAUGGAGGAGUCGGGCUCUGAAGGCCUGGAUGAGCUGAUUUUUUCCCGGAAGGACACAUUCUUUAAAGAUGUGGACUUUGUGUGCAUCUCGGACAAUUACUGGCUGGGAAAGAAGAAGCCGUGCAUCACGUAUGGUCUCAGAGGCAUUUGCUACUUUUUCAUUGAGGUGGAGUGCAGCGACAGAGACCUCCAUUCCGGCGUGUACGGAGGCUCGGUGCACGAGGCCAUGACAGACCUCAUCUUGCUGAUGGGCUCUCUGGUGGACAAGAAGGGAAAGAUCCUCAUCCCAGGCAUCGGCGAGGCGGUGGCCCCCGUGACCGAGGAGGAGCUGGAGCUCUACAACAACAUCGACUUUGACCUGGCCGAGUACGCCAAGGACGUAGGGGCGGAGACUCUGCUGCACGGCUGCAAGAAAGACAUCCUGAUGCACCGCUGGCGGUACCCGUCCCUCUCCCUCCACGGGAUCGAAGGUGCCUUUUCUGGGUCCGGGGCCAAGACCGUGAUUCCUAGGAAAGUGGUGGGCAAGUUCUCCAUCAGGCUUGUGCCGAACAUGACUCCCGAAGUCGUGAGCGAGCAGGUUACAAGCUACCUGACAAAGAAAUUUGCUGAACUGCACAGCCCCAACAAGUUCAAGGUGUACAUGGGCCACGGUGGGAAGCCCUGGGUGUCUGACUUCAACCACCCUCAUUACAUGGCUGGGAGAAGAGCCCUGAAAACAGUGUUUGGUGUUGAGCCGGACUUGACCAGGGAAGGUGGCAGCAUUCCUGUGACUCUGACCUUUCAGGAGGCCACGGGGAAGAAUGUUAUGCUGCUGCCUGUGGGCUCAGCUGAUGAUGGCGCCCACUCCCAGAACGAGAAACUCAACAGGCUUAACUACAUAGAAGGAACCAAGAUGCUGGCUGCGUACCUGUUCGAGGUGUCUCAGCUGGCGUAGCGAGGCGGCCCAUCCUCCCCGAGCACUGCCGGAGGAGUCCUGCGCCCGUCCGCCCGCGCUCUCUCCCGACCGCUCAGGAGAGCGAAGCCCACCUCUCCCCUUACCCUCCUGUCAGCAACAGACUGGAUGACCGCCGAGUUCUCAGAGGGGGCCAGCGUGAUGGGCUCCGGAAGGUAGCCAAGAUCUGAAAGCGCACGUUCUGUAGAAGGUUCUGGUUGGCAUCCACUUGGGCUAGACAGAGGCAUGGGCGCAUUCUGCCCCGUCUCUGCUUCCUGACUCAGGCUCGCGUGCACUCGGAGUAUUGAUCGGGGGUGUCUGAUGCCUUGAGGGGCCACCCUUUCCGAGCCCUCACUAUUGUGCGGUUCUGUCCUUUCUCAAGACCUAAAACUGUUGCUCGUGUGCUGUCUCCUCUUCAUUGUGAUUCCGCAAAACCUAAACCUAAGUGGAAGGAUUCUUUGUUCUCAGUAUGUGCUGCCAAAUAAAAAGUAAAAAUGACGCCUC